AUUCAAUCCGAUGCGCCUCCGUUCAGUUUCGUUGGUUCACGUUUCACCAGCGUACUGCCGAAUGGCUUAUGGGUUCAUCCGUCUGGCUCGGUUCAGGAAGGUAUGACCAACAGCGCGUUUAACGGUGAAGUUUGGUCGGUUGUUCUCAGUCAAAAGCCAUUGAAAUGGCAUAAGAAUAGUGUUGUCAUCCCGAAAUUAGACGAGCAGGAAUUGGUCAUCGAGAUUGCCGACGAUGGCAUGAUCUAUGUGGCCGACAAUCACCAAGGCGUUUUCGCUACUAAAAUCGAAUACUGA